CCUAGAGUGUUGGCUUGGCACACUACAUGCUGUAAGUCCAAAACACUCACGCCGAUUAAUAAGUCAGUACAAGUAGCGAUCUGCACUUUCUAGGCUGCACUACAACACCACGCAGAGAAGGGUACAUCAUCAUUAAUUCGGUAAGAAGAUUCUGACAACAUGGCUACAGAAAACGUCCUAUCCAAACAGGCCAGGAUUGACAGACUAAAGGCCCACAUACCGACUGUCCCGGACUUCCCCAAACCAGGCAUCCUUUUCUGGGACAUCAUGCCAAUCAUGCAGAACCCAGAAGUGUUCUCAGACUCUGUAACUCUCCUGGAAGAGCACAUCAAAGAAUCAGGGAUCAAAGUGGACGUAGUAGUAGGUCUGGAGGCCAGGGGAUUUCUUUUUGGUCCACUGUUGGCUCUUCGUCUCAACUGUGCGUUUGUACCUGUACGGAAAGCAGGCAAGCUCCCAGGGGAAACUGUGAAGUGUUCCUAUACACUGGAAUAUGGAAAGGAUACUGUUGAGGUGCAGAAGAACUCAAUAAAGCCCAACCAGAAUGUGCUGAUAGUCGAUGAUCUUAUUGCCACGGGAGGAACAAUGGCUAGUGCCUGUCAGCUGAUGGAGAGUAUGCAGGCCAAUAUUGUGGAGUGUCUUGCAGUUGUGGAACUGGAUGACCUCAAGGGCAGGGACAAAAUAUCCAAAUACCCUGUACACUCCCUCAUUCAUGGUUAAGUUACAGUGUGACUGACAUUUUAUGGUUUCAGGCUAAAUUGCUUGCCAGUGCUUCAAAAUUUUUAACCUUGACCCUAAUCAUGAUUUUAUUGGACGAUUUUCUCUGAAGCGUAGCAGAUUUUUCAGCAACUGCCUACAUCAUGAUCAGUAGAUUCAAUACACUCCUGGUUAAAGACAUGUUUUCUCUUUACACAUCCCAACAUACAGAACACAAAUACAUAUUGAUAUUGAGGUUCACCUUUUAAUAC